AUGGUACCGCUGUCAUUCGGGAGAACCCGUCUAGCUCUCGCAGACCUUCAUCCUAUCCUGGCUGACGUCUGUAAGGACAGUGUUCCAAUGGGUACUUACCGACCUGACAGCAUGCAUACCAUAGGUUGCCGAAUUGUGCGAAUCGGUUUCAACAAGCAGGGGGUGUCUACAAGAUACCUUUCAUCACUGAACGCCCUUUUCCAUACAUCUGGGUGGAAUAGCAUCCCAGGGCAGAUCAAAGAUGCAGAUAUCAAUUGGUUCACCGAUUUUGAUGGCUGGGGAGCAGAGAGACGAGAACGAUACGCUUUUGAGAAGCUUGCGGCCAAGGGGAUCACUGCGAAAUGGAAUUGGAGUACGUAUGAUAUUAUGAAACAAGAGCCGUAUCGCCGCGUGGCAGAGGAAGCCCGUACCCGGCGCCUGAAAGACGAUCAAUAUCGCAUUCCAUCGUUCAAGGACUCGAAUUCUACGCGUGAGGAAAAUUCAGACAAACGAGUUGCCUUGUUCCACCGGCUCGCUGAGGAGAUUGAUCGCUACUCUCUUACGAACAAAUUGAUCCGCGAGUAUGUUGGAGAGAAUUCGGUUGACAGCUGCGACUAUCGAUACAUGCAGGCAUUGUACCUUUCAACAGCAAAGAUGGUGGAUACAAUCGGGAAUAUACUCGACAAGGAACAUUUCAACUGGCCCGAGAUACUCAAUGUGAAGGAGGAAACAGACCGAGUCAAGAAUGGGCAGACGACUUCUUUGUCUGAUGCUCUGUAUCCUCGAGACAAUGUCGAUACCAAAGCCAACAGCUAG